AUGAAAGAUGAUUGUAGAAUUGAGAAUUAUUUGAGCACAAAACGAAUGAGUUUGCUUAAAGAAGCAGUAGCACUAAUCAUUGAGGUUAAGUAUGAAAAUACAAAUGGAAAAAAUGAUAAAGAAGAAAUGGAUGUGGAAGGUGCGUUGGCUUUGGACUUAACGGAGUUGGAAGCAAUGCUAGCAAUCGAUAGUGAGCAAGUACGAUAUGAUCAGCAAGUGAAGAAACACGAUUCAGAAUUAUCAGAAGCUUCUACAAGUUGUGUCAGUGCUACUUCAUUUAGUAGUCAAUCACUAGAUGUGAAUUCGGGACAGUUGCAAGAUUUGUUUUCUCAAAAUCACGGAAAGAAACGUCGCAAAAGAAAGUUAGGUGAAACUAGGAAAGCUGUAAAGUUAGAAGAUUCACCUUUUUCUUCAACAGAUAUAAAUAAAUUGGGGAAUAUCGAUUCAGCAACUGAUAUUAGUUCUGCUUCUACUUCCAAAUAUGCUUCUGAUACUGCAGAGUCACAGGAUCCUGAAGAUCUUUUGCCUAUGGUUUUAUCGUCUCCUGACAUUGAUCAAAGUUCUAGUUCUUUUGCUAAGCCUUCUCCGCCAUGUUGUGAUGGAAAACGUAGAAAUCCUCGAGUGUAUUCUUAUGAUCCCGUUUCGCGAACCCGUUUAACUGUCCCUAAACGGCAGUUUUCUCCAAAUCCGAAAAAAGGCACGAAGUUAUUGACAGCUACAAAAAAAGUGGUCGAAACAAUAAAUUUGACGGAUUUGACAAAGAUUUUGUGCACAUUGGAUGCUGUAGAGUUUUCUCUGCCACCAGAUUUUACUGCAAAGUUUAGGAAGCGGCCCAUGAGUGAAACGAGGUCGGAGUCAGUGCUUGUCACUUCUAAAGAAGAUAAGUCUAUAGAUGAUGAAAAUUUGCCACAUGCUUCUUCGCAAGCUCUAGUUUCUGGAAAUGAUUCAAAAGCUGUAGGCUCCAUAAUCGGUAUUGCUCCAAUUAAUACUGAGCAAGUUCUCAUAAACCAAGAAGAGGACAUGAAGGUUUGUACUUCAAACAGGCAGUUGAAACGGCAAUGCAAAAGACGAGAUAUUGCUGAUUCUGCAUCAGAAGAUUUUUCUUCUGUUAAUUUCUCUGUGGAAACACAAAUAGAAGACGUUGUAAAAGAAGAAUCACCAACUCCAAUAAGUAUAUCAAUUCCUAAAUCUAUAAGAGGAAAGCCUCGAAAACGAACAGGGUUAAUUAAACUGAAGCGGGGCAGACUUCACAAAAGUUUUCAAUUCCGAGAUGCUAUUGAUAAGGAGAAUGCUUCAACAAAUGAUGCUUCAAAAAGCGUUAUGUCCGCGCUUUUACCAGAUGCUUCUUCGGAAGAUUCAUGUAAUGAGCCAGGAUUGAGUGUCUCUCAAACCGUGGAUCAAGAAUCAUCAGAUUCUCAUGACUGUAGUUCACAAAAAGUUGGUGAUAAUAUUAGAGUUGAUAAUGAAGGUGAAAAUUCGGGGACUGAGAUUUUGGUUUCUGAUAUGUCGGAAGUAUUAAGUGAUAGCGUGGCUAAUCGAACUCAGAAUAAUGCCUCAGAAGAAACCAUAGACACAGUCGAUGCUACUAAAGAUGACUGUGAUGAUGGAGGGCGUUUGCAUAUUGUGGAACCGGGUGAUGACGACGAUUCUUGUAACGUCGGAGAUCGGUUUUUACCGAUCACAGAAGUGGACCAUGAUUCAGAUAGUGUCAUGGAUGUUGUCAGUAUGCUUUUAGCUAGAGUGUGUGAAGCGUGUUCAUCUCACGUAGAUUUGAUUAUGGAACCGCUGAAGCGACCAAGCUCACUUUCAGCAGAAGAAUCACGUCGUGUUCCCCCUCUGCGUAUUCGGAUACCUCGUAAACGUGCACGUCGUCCAGCACGAUCACAUAACUAUUCUCCACCACUACCUGUUACCAGACAUCGUUUUGAAGAAGUACUGAGGCGAUCAGAUGCAACAUCAAAAGAAAUUAAUGACGCCGUUGUAGAAAUAGGACAAAAAAGUCAAAGAGAGGUCUUCACCAGUCAUGCAGAAUCUGGCUCAGUUCCAUUACUGCUCGAAGAUUCUAAUAUUAAUUCGUCAGCCCCUUCCGACUCAAAUUCUGUUUUGGCUUCAUUGUCAAGUAGUAGCACAGAAAAAUGCACAGUCACAGAUUCGGUUGUCAUGUAUGAGGAAAGCGCCAUUAUUGAAAAAGGCGAUGCUACCUCUAAUCUAUCUCAGUCAUGCCUUUCAGAAUCCCGCGAGUUGCAAAGCCAAAACACUCUUGUUAGUACAUCUCCUAUUGCUGGACUGGCUGUUGAAGUAACUGGUCGGUCCACACGGAAAAGGCCAGUUUCUUAUGAACAACUGUAUCCUUCUUUAUUUCGUCGACGACGUAAAUCAAGUCAUGUGAAAAGUUUCCAUGAUCUUGAUCAACCUCAAAGUUCCACACACCCCAGCAGUGGUUCGAUGGGCAAUGUCGAUGUGGCACCGGAAUGUAUGUCAGCGGAAAAGCGUCGAAAACGGCGACAAAGAGGAAGACCUGUUAACAAUAAAGCCCAACAACCAAGAAUCAAAAAUUUGGCGACCGAUGAGGGUGUUAAGGAUUUUGAAAAUCGAGAGAACCUUGAUACUGGUGAUACACUGAGUGAGGAAGCAUCGAGUAAAGCAAAAGAUGUACAUCUCGCAGAAAGUACUGGAAUCUUACCUGAAAAGGUUUCCUGUGUAAGAGAAAAGUCAAGACGUUUAUCAAAUAGUUCUAGUAGAGAAAAGUCCGAUCAUGUGACUUCUGAAGAUGUAACUGUUAGUUCUGUGAACACUCGUUUGCAAGUAUCUUGUCCGAUCGCAUCGGAAACAGACAUUUUUUCAUCAGAUCAGUCACACUCUCCCUCUAUGUUCAGAAGUGUCAGAAGAAAAAGUAGCAUAAUUGAUCCUGAACCCACAAGACCUGAAGCAACUGAAGUUUCCGUUUCUGAUCGAUCCAAAAGUAAACGGCUAUAUUCGAGAUCGGUACCUGAAUCCGUAAAGCAAAAAAUUUCAAGUAGAAAUAUGCCUUAUUUCAAACGUAUUUCUCAGCGUCGCAAACUCAAUCCUCUUGCUAAUGGUUUGAAAAGCCGUUCAAGUGACGACAACACAUCAUUCUUUUAUCGUGAAAUCUUAUUGCGGGGAGAUGAUCUUAAGAAGAGUGAUGGAGGGGAUAUAACUGUUGACGUUGAUUCGGAACUGACAAUUGAAGAUGACGAAGAAUCAUCAUUUGGUGGUCCUGCAAUUUCUGCAGCAACCGAAAUUAGCAGAAUGUUGUCAAGACCUGAAACAGAUGAAGACUACACAGAAAGUGAUCAUGAUUACUUUCUCACAUUGGAUAAUAUUCGAACGAUGUUCAUUGAUGAAACUCCGGAUCGAAAACGGCUAUUAAAUGAUAUAAUGGCAAUUAUAUUAGCUCAGUAUUGCUCUGAUAUUGCAUCUCAGAAUAUUCAUGGUGGCGAAUCAAUACGUUACAAUACAAUAGUCAAGAAUGCUUAUCGGCUGCGAAGCAAAGCAAUGAUUUUUUCACAGGUUCAACGAAACGAUGUGAAAUGGGUACACCAAAUAUUUCUCAGACGCCUUGCGGUACCAAUGUUGGCUGUUUAUAUAGAUUUGCUGAGAUUUAGCAAAAUACCGGGUCGCAAUUUGCUGGACUUACUUUUGGACAAAAAUAGUGACGAUAAGAUUUUGAACAAGGUAAACAGUCAUAUUCAAGAUUUUCUUACUAUAAAGCCACUCGAUCCUGAGGGAGCAGCAAUCUCUAAAACUCUAAAUAAAAGGCAUGUAAAGGAUUUAUGUUUAUUACUUGUUUCACCGAAUUUCAUACAUACGGAAUAUCAUUCAAGAUCAAGAUCUCAUGAAUAUAUGUUUAGAAUUUUAUUACCUAACAUUGCUGAUCGAGUAGAGAGUAUUCGAAUGAAUUUGCCUCCUGUACAGAAUAUGUCCAUUUGUGAAGCUGUUGAAUAUUCUAUUCGACUAGUAUCGCGUAAAGUUGUCGAGGUACACCGGAAAUAUCCUGACCUUAAAAUUGUACUUGUUGGAUGGGGGACAUCAUGUGUUAUAAAUCAUCAGGUUGUGCAAAGCAUGCCAAAUGUAUCAGCGAUCAUUAAUUUCGCAUUUCCUAUGAAGACAGCUGAUGGGCCACGAGGCCAUGUUGAUGAUGACAUACUGCUUACAUAUUGUCCAACACUAUUUGUGGUUGGAGACCAGGCAACUGACUGCGAUGUUCGUCAACUCCAAAUAAUGGCUACUAGAAUGAUUGCUCCAACUGGAGUAAUUGUCAUUGGUUCAGCCAACUGCAGUUUGUAUCCUUCAACAUUUAAACUUACUAUCGAACGAUUUACUCAUAGAACAGUCCAGAGAGCUUUAUUGGAUGAUGUAAUUGAUUUUCUCCAAUUGUAUUGCACUUCAAACAGCACCCAGGGAUUUCGCUUACAUCCCUUAAAACUUGUUGAAGUGAACGAUGUCGAUUUAUCAAUUCUUCGUACUUCCAAUUUGUUUUCGAGCAGUCAGACGAAGCGAGGCAAAUCUGAAGCAGCUUCUAAAGGAAGUUCAUCAAUUCAAAGUGGGAAACGAUGUUUAUCCGAUAACUCUCCGAAUGUUCCUGUCAAGAAACAGCGUUUUAAUGAAGAUAGGUCAAUACAGACAUUGAAAGUUCCGGAUAGAAUUCAAAUAACACACCAGUCUAUUCCUUCAAAUCUGCCUGGUUCUAUCACACCGUUCACUGGAUCAAAUGAUAAUUUUAGUUCACAGGAAUCCAUAAACGGUACUCGCAAAUACUGA